AUGUAUGUUGUGGAAUAUCAAACUUGGAUUUUUCUUUCACGGUUUCUUGCUUGCCUUCUUUGUACCUUAGUAGUUAGAAGUAUAAAGCUUGCAGCUAUGGAAAAGAUUGUAAACAGAAGCUUGGAGCGUGGUUAUCUUGUUACUGAUGAAGUGUUUGAGGCAUUGGUAAUAAUUGGAUUCUCGUUGGACUCUCCUGCUUUUUACACUGUCUGUGAGAGUUUUGAUCAAAAGAAGAAUGGAAGAUUCAGAUUAGAUGAUUUCAUAUCUCUUUGUAUAUUUUUGCAGUCAGCUCGUAAUAUGUUUGAUUCAUUUGAUACUGCUAAGCAGGGCCGGGUGACUCUUGAUCUUAACCAAUUUGUAUAUUGCACUGCCAAUUGUAGGAUAAAAUAUAUUGAAAGCAAAAGAUAA